CAGCCAUGCAGCAGGUCCUGGAUAACCUUACUGAUCUGCCAACAUCCACAGGCGCUGAAGAAAUAGACCUGAUUUUUCUUAAAGGAAUCAUGGAGAACCCUAUUGUAAGAUCUCUUGCUAAGGCUCAUGAGCGACUGGAAGAUUCUAAACUUGAGGCUGUCAGUGACAACAACCUGGAGUUGGUGAAUGAAAUUCUUGAAGACAUCAGUCCCUUAGUAAACAAAGAUGAAAAUAUUGCAGAGUUGGUUGGAAUACUCAAGGAACCUCAUUUUCAGUCACUCUUGGAAGCACAUGAUAUUGUGGCUUCAAAAUGUUACGAUUCCCCUCCUUCUAGCCCAGAAGUCAAUAAUUCCUCAGUGAACAACCAGAUUGUUCCAGUAGAUGCUAUUCGUAUCCUUGGAAUUCACAAAAGAGCAGGAGAACCACUGGGUGUUACGUUUAGAGUUGAGAACAAUGAUCUGGUAAUAGCACGAAUUCUUCAUGGUGGAAUGAUAGAUCGACAAGGUCUUCUGCAUGUAGGUGACAUUAUUAAAGAAGUGAAUGGCCACGAGGUUGGAAACAACCCAAAAGAACUGCAGGAACUGCUGAAGAAUAUUAGUGGCAGUGUCACUCUGAAGAUUCUCCCCAGCUACAGAGACACUGUUAUCCCUCAACAGGUUUUUGUGAAGUGUCAUUUUGAUUAUAAUCCGUAUAAUGACAACCUCAUCCCAUGCAAAGAAGCAGGUUUGAAAUUUUCUAAAGGAGAAAUUCUUCAGAUUGUAAACCGAGAAGAUCCAAAUUGGUGGCAGGCUAGUCAUGUCAAAGAAGGGGGAAGUGCAGGGCUUAUUCCUAGCCAGUUCUUGGAAGAGAAGAGAAAGGCCUUUGUUAGGAGGGACUGGGACAACUCAGGGCCUUUCUGCGGAACAAUAAGCAGCAAAAAAAAGAAAAAGAUGAUGUAUCUCACUACAAGAAAUGCAGAAUUUGAUCGUCAUGAAAUCCAGAUCUAUGAAGAAGUAGCCAAAAUGCCUCCUUUUCAGAGGAAAACACUGGUCUUAAUUGGGGCCCAGGGAGUGGGGCGAAGAAGUUUGAAGAACAGGUUUAUAGUACUGAAUCCUACUAGGUUUGGAACUACAGUGCCAUUUACUUCACGGAAGCCAAGGGAUGAUGAAAAGGAUGGACAAGCGUACAGAUUUGUGUCACGAGCUGAAAUGGAGACGGAUAUUAAAGCUGGCAGAUACUUAGAGCAUGGAGAAUAUGAAGGAAAUCUUUAUGGCACCAAAAUUGAUUCCAUCCUUGAAGUUGUUCAGACAGGAAGGACCUGCAUCUUGGAUGUGAAUCCACAGGCACUGAAAAUACUGAGGACUUCAGAAUUCAUGCCCUACGUAGUGUUUAUUGCUGCUCCCGAGUUGGAAACUUUGCGGGCGAUGCACAAGGCUGUGGUAGAUGCUGGAAUUACAACCAAACUUCUCACUGACACGGAUUUGAAAAAAACAGUGGAUGAAAGUGCACGGAUCCAGAGAGCGUACAACCACUACUUUGAUCUGACCAUUGUAAAUGACAACCUUGACAAAGCCUUCGAGAAGCUACAGACUGCCAUCGAGAGACUGAGGCUGGAGCCGCAGUGGGUGCCCAUCAGCUGGGUGUACUGAGGUUUCUCGGGAGGAGCUCAAGUAACAAACAAAAUCAGCUGCAGCAAACACGCUCGCGUGAUGUGUAGAUACCGACGCUAACCUACGGCACCUGUGCAUUUUUAAUCUGUGUAUAUUCCAAAGUACACUAUUCUGAAUUUUUAUAAAAAUGUUAGAAGGGAAAGUGUACUUAAAUAUGUAAUUUAUUUUAAUUUUUCUAACUUUUUACAGAUAACCUUUCUAUUCAUAUCACAUGAAGGAAAUGCGUUUAAGCAUUUUUAUAUGUUUUGAUUUAGUACCUUUGCCUUUUUCAUCUAAGAAACUUUCAGUCAUUCACUUCAGCAUUUACAUCUUGGUCUUACAUUUUCACUGUGAUUAAAAAAAGGAUACUUGAAACAAUUUUUGUAAAACUUGUUAAUGUCAGUGUUUAACUGGUCAAAAGUCUAUAGCUCUUAUUAGGAAAAAACACUAAUUUCUUUGUUUUUUUUUUCUUCCUUAUAAAAGUAGUAAUUUCAUGGGAGCAGAAUUUUAAAUAUUAAAAGCAGCAACCAACACACAGCUCCAUUGCUCCAGCUUCUUUUGGCUUAAUGUUGGUGCAUUCUUGAUAUUUCAGAAAUUCUUGAUGUCUCUUGAUUUAGACAACUGUUGUGUAGGUUCCCUUAU